AUGGUAAGCAAAAAUCUUACGGCGACGUUGCUCCUCUUCACCACCUUUCUCUUCAUUACCGGAUCAACCUCAGUCGUUCAUUCCUCUCCACGACUUAACGCAACGACCAAAGAUCUAGAGUUCGUCCGAACAAGCUGCAACGUCACUCAAUAUCCAGACCUCUGCUUCAAGUCUCUCGCGGGCUACGCCUCCACCGUUCAUGAAAACCCGGCGAGGCUAACCAAAGUCUCAGUCGAUGUUGCGAUUUUAGAAGCUAAAUCAACGGUUGUGUUUCUCUCCAGACUCUCGCGGUCCGCACCCGAAGUCAAAAACUGUGUUUCUUACGUAAGAUACGCAUUAGACUCAAUGAGAGAUGAUUGUCUCCCAAUACUACGAAACAUUAUACGUGGAGGCGGCGUCGCGGCGGCUCCUUCACCGGCUGCUCCCCCGUCCUCGGAGGUGUUUAGUAAUCAGAUGGAUGACGUGAUUACGUAUAUGAGUACAGUGAUUACGUUUGAGGAAACGUGUACGGACGAAUAUGAAGAUGAAGAAGGAAAGGUUAAGACUGUUGUUUGUGAUCGGGUGAACAAACUGAAAAUGUUUUCUAGUAUUGCUCUUUCCCUUGCGAACAGUUUAGCCAAGAAUGGAUCUUCUCCAUGA